AUGGCUGCUCCCGCCACAAAGACGAUCGCCGACCUCAAUGGCCAGUGGGUCAUGAACAAGACCCUCUCCGAUUCACCGGAGCCUGCCCUCGCCCUCCAGGGCAUUGGCUGGAUGACCCGUAAGGCUGUCGGCCUUGCCACUGUCACCCUCCACGUCAAGCAGUACACCGCCCCGCCCUCUCCUCCUGCCACCGGCACUGAGCCCGUCACCCACUUCGAUAUUGACCAGUUCGCCACGGCCGGCCUCAAGGGCACUACGGAGAAGCGCUGCGUCGACAACGAGUGGCGUGAGCACUCCGACUGGAUGUUCGGUAGCGUCCGUGGCCAGAGCCGCUGGAUGACUCUCGCCGAGAUCGAGGACGAAUUCCUCAAGAAGGGCUGGCUCGAGGGCGAAGCCGAGGCCACCGGCCCCGAUGGCAAGACCCACCUCUACAGCCACGUCGAGAGCAUCGACAACGGCUGGACUGCCUCCCAGAUCUGGGGCUUCCAGACCAUCGAUGGAGAGAGACGCUACACCCGUAACGUUCUCGUUCAGAAGGGCGGUAAGAGAGUCGAGAUUCGCCUCGUCUACGACUACCUUCCUUAA